UCAUUUCUCAGAAAUUCAAAAAUGAACGCUCAACUGUUCAUUCUGCUUGCAUUCCUCCCAGCUCUUCUAGCGCAGCUUUAUGGAAUAGCAAACCCAGGUAUGGGCAUGGGUGGGGGCGCAACGGGCUGCAAUGGCUAUUUGCGAUUUGCUGCACGAGCUGGGAUCAGACCAUAUGGUUUCGGUAUGGGAGGAUCCAUACCCAUGGCCUGUCCCUGCCCAGGUGCCGGUUCCUCAGCCUACAACGUGUGGCCUUCCUCCCUAACAACUCCUGCCAAUGUGAUACUCAACGCCUGCGUUCCUGCAUGUUGCCCAAAUCUUGGGAAAUAAUAACGCUUGUAGAGUAUAAGAUUAGGUCUUUCUAAAUUGC